GUGCGAUUUUCCGUAAAAGAAUUUGGCAAGUGACGAUGGCAGCUGAUGCUGAUAGUUUUAUCAUCAAGAUUGGUACAUUUGCAACCUUUCCUGUAUUUCUUUCCGAUUGUAUGUUAACAAUUUAGUAGUUCCACAGUUUUUUUCACCUAUAUUCGGCAGUAAGUUUCUUAUCGCGAUGUGUGUCGUGUUAUCUCCAAACGAUGGUUGCUGAAACGGAUUGUUGACGAAAAUGUGUGACCGUGGAUAAAAUGGCGCUUGUUAUUCCAAAUUUGCUGAAGGCCUAGGCCUCUUUCGUAAAUACAAUGUGAAAUUUUCGCGUGUGAAUCAGUGAAACUUUGUGAAUAAAUAUCUGUGUGUUUUUUUCGUGUUUUCGUUUUAUUUUCUAGUGCAUCAUCAUGGCUAAUAACCCGCGAAAGUUCAUCGAAAAAAUUGCUCUCCACAAUCAGAAACAAUUAGAAGAAACUGCAGAAUUUGAGAAAAUCAUGCGGGAAGUCUCAGCUGCGACUCGAAGCGAGACGUCGCAGCAAAACAACCAACACCUGCGAAUCAACCCGAGUCUGGGCUCCUUCCACGGCGGCUCGCUGCCCAACGUCAACCACGUCGCCCACAAGAAAACCUCCUCCACCGUCGACCUCAAGGCGGCGCUGAACAACCUGGAGGAGAUGCAAGGCGGAGGCGUGACGGGGCCGGCGUACCGGGAGCGGGGGCGGAGCAUGGGGGUGGGGGUGGGGCCGAUGCGGGCCUCGCGGCCGGCCGAGCGGCGGACGGACACCUCGCCGUACUCGAGCGGGCCCUUCCUGUCGCCGCCCUCGCAGGACGGCUGGCGGCGCACCAACUCGGACUCGGCCCUCCACCAGAGCACCCAGAUGAACGACGCACACUCCCACCACAGCCCCGGCUCCCAGAGGAGAGCAACAGACGGACAACAGUACGAGAUCAGCAGGCACAAUAGACAUUUGUCAGUUUCACCAGAUGGGAGGCCUAGGUCAUGUUACGAUGUGGCUCGUGUCCCCGGAAUUAACAUUUAUCCUUCGCAACAAGACCCGGGCAUUGUACAGAUCCCGAUCGGGAACAACACUGGCUCGCUGCCCGAUUUAACUAGUUUCCACUUUCCGUCGCCUCUUCCAACUCCUCUGGAUCAAGAUGAUCAGCAUAGUGGCUCCACGUACAGCAAUAGUCCACAAGGAACAAGUACGUCUACGUUGUCACCGACAUCGAUACCCACGCGAGUUCCUGGCCGGUUCUCAUUCCAGAGUUCACCACCGCAUGAGUCACCUGGACCGCCACAGUACAGCCCUGUCAGCCCACAAAGUCCCCUAACACCAAACCAUCUUUCUGUGCCUUCACAUGUCAACUCUAGGUUCCUACAAAACAGGAAGCAAAGCAUAACAAUGGACGGAAGCCUAGACUCAAAAGCACCCAACAACUAUGGGCAAGCGUCGCCGGGGCAAGGGCAGCAGGGAGGAGGCGGACAGGCUCCGAACCAGGGCCAAGGCAACCCGCAGCAGUUUGUCUACCCGCAAAUACCAUCACCUCAACACUCGCAGCAGCAGUCCCAGUGCUCCGUGAGUGUCAGUCCGCUAAACAUUUCCAACCCCCAAAAUAUACCUGUCAAUCCUGGAAAUUCUUUAGGAUCGUAUAGAAAUGCUCAAUGUAGGAGUCCUCAAAAUUCCCCAGGACCCUGUCUUACUGUUAAGUAUGGGCGCGACAGCAACAGCCCAACGAGUAGUAAUCCUCAGAGUCCUGCAUCACCUUCCAACUCAAUCGCGGCUAGCCCGUUCUCAACGUCAGGUAGUUACUUCAUAAGUCAAGAUCAAACGAACGCUCUCCAACAGACGUUCCAACAGUUCACUGUGCAAGGAGUGGAUUGGAGUCAACUAUUGCACACUCUAGUGGAGGCCAAUCCGUCUGAGUGGAUAUCCCAGCUUCAGAUGGACAGUCCUGUAUCAAAUACUGUAGAUUACAUAGGAUCUCCAAAUAAUGCUUCUUAUCAUCUGAACGAUGAUGGGUGCAGCGGUGAACUGAGUGCAGAUCCUGGUUACUUCAGCACAUCACCGACACACUACAAUCGACAAAUGAACAGCUCACACACGACGCCAAAUACACCCUCUAGUAUUCCUGAUAUCGUAUUAACAGAUUUUUCCAAUGGCGAUGGAGAUAUCCAAAGGUCGGACUUCGGGAAGGAGAUAAUUUGCAAUGCGUUCGAAAAUGACUUGUUUUCGUCUGUAGAGAGCAUGCGGGAAGGAUUGGAUCCAAUUGACCUGGACGGACUCCAGCUGCUCACCGAUCCGAACAUGAUGCCUGCUGAUCCGGCAACCGAAGACCACUUCCGCCUCGACAGAAUGUAGUCGGCUCUCUUUCUAAAAUUAUCCUGAUCUCAUUCCCUCUGCGGCAGUUUCAACGCAAAUGUUGCGUUUGCAUGGUGACCUGUCCGGUCAUGAAGAUUGCUGUGCAUCGACUCCAACGGAAUCCUAUCCUCCUGAAGGAGUGGUCAAAUUUCAAAUCCGACCGCUGCCGCGCCAAACCAACAACCACAAAUUUACGACGCACAGGUAGUGAUUAUAAUUUAUUAAAUGUUUGUAAAAUAAGUUUUUCUACCCUUUUUGCAGUUUAACGUAAUUGUACUUGUUAAGCAUACUCUCAAGGCUAAUGUUGAAUGUUGAGUAUUUUCAGCGAUCGCCUGCGGAUGAGCUGCGCAGAGAAAACUGAACCAUUACUGUAGGAUCUCAACACUGCUGUUACAUUUCUCUUAAAAUGUAUCAAGAAUUUCAGUGCAGAAAAUCCUUAUCAGAAGAUUGAGUUGAAACCUGUCUCACAACUCCUUGUUCCAAGGGAGAAAGUUACCGUCUUGAAGUGAAAAAUUUAUUCACAAUACGUAUUUUUCUACUGCGUGACUGUAAUGUAUGUCUAGUCAUAUUGCAAUAUUGACCUAUUGAAAAACAAAGUAACUUUCCCUUUUGCCUUCCUCUGUUUCUAAGUAUUCAUACUUAAUACUUAAUUUGCUCAGAAUGAUGCUUCAGAGUAGCUUUUAUUAUCAACUACCAAUCACUGAAAAAUUUCCUGUCAUUUGUUGGAGGUAUACCUAUCUUGAUGUUUAGAUUCAUCAAAUAAAAGCUAUUUAUUCAUUUUUUAAUGAAAGGAGCAGUCCAUUUUUACCCCUCAACGUAAAUUUUGUAAUGAUGGUUUUAUGUCUAAGACUAAAUUAAUUCAUGGAAAUUUGUUUUCAAGCGUAACAUAGAAAAAUACAUCUCAAAUUUGCAGUUAUAUAAUGGUGACUUUACAAAAAUACUCUUCAGAACCGCUGAAAAAUUGUGUGAGGCCUCAUAAAUUUCCUAUUGAAGAAUAAUAUUAGGCAGCGUACCUGCCAUAUUGGUUUACCUCAAAUUCAUAAGUAAGAUUCUGUUUUUCACGGCAUCUCAUCUGCAUUCGGACGCAGUUCAUGUUUUGUGUAUGAAUAUUGUAUGUAUAUUAAUUAAACUUUAAUUAAAUUAAAUUAAUUAAAUCAUUUAUUGCAUGAGUAAGGUUAGUGGCUGCAACUAGGCAGCCCUUGUUAGACGUUUGAGGGAUUCGUUUUUCUUGUAUGUAAGUUAGUCGGUGGUAUUUUGAGACAUUCGCUCGUCCAGUAGAGUGCAGCUGCUUUCUGUCCUAAAUUAAAAGGGGCCAAGAGCUCAUAGAAGGAUCGGUUGGCGUACAUUUUGCAAUGAGGAGCCACUAUCUCUGGCUUGCUCAUAAAAACCCCUAUCGGUAUGGGGAAACAAAAUGCACGUAUGCUGUUUUGAAAAUCAGCCAGAGAGAGUAGUUGCUAAUUAUGAAACGUAGUCCAGUUGCAAGUUUGAGUUUUCUCAACUACCUUCUAACUGCGCAAAGUGUCAAGUGUAUAUGAUAGUUUGUUAGUUAUGGUUAGUUUUCGAAUUCAUCGCAUCAACAAGUCUUUAAUGUUACUAUCUUUUCUUUUUGUACUUAGAACAAAGGACUUCAAGGUUGAUUCGAAAAAGUUGUAAAAAAUUUUAAAACUUAUGUGGCAUCUAUAAAUGAAACAAAUCAAUGGAUCUCGAAGACUUCGCGAGAGUUAUGCUUUUUUAAGAAAAUCAUAUUCAUGAGACUUUACGAGUAAUUGACUAGGGCCUAAAAAAGGACAUAAAAUAAACAUGGCAUAAUUUUCUAGAAAUUUGAUUAAGAUGAUAAAUUAGGUUCCAUAAGCGGAGUACGAAACGAAUUGUCAAGUUUCACAAAAUUUCUUAGUAGCAAAAAAUUGUCCAGUAGUCUUAAGUAAAUUAGAGAUUCAAAGAUACCAGCCACAUUUUAAGCGAAUUAGAAGAAGCUGCAAUAAGUUUAGGAGUAAGAAGCUGUAAAGAUGCCAAAAAGUUUUUAAGAAUUUUUGAGAGGAAAGAAAAAUAAUUUUAAAUCAAUGAACUCUUCUGAAGUUUUUUGAAAUGAGUCAGAAAUCAGCUGCAAAUUAAGGGGCAGCGCGUCUCAGGAGACUCCGCGUAACCAGGUUAAUUGUUCUUAAAAUUGCGUUUAUACUUUUCAACAUUUUGUUUAUGUACUUUAAGUUUAGCAAAUUUUUAUGGUACUGUUACUAAACCUGUUUCUCUCUAAGUUUUUCAUAAUUUAACAUAGAUGCGAGCAUUUUGUCCUUUUCUUUUUGGUUUGUCACUACUAUUGUUGGUGGCCGAGGCUCUACCUGCAAAUUGUUCAGAAGAAACAUGAUUGUGGUCUCAGUAUAAUGGAGGAAAUGACAAUGGCUCAACAUUUUGAGGUCCCUUCCACCCUUCCAGUGUCAAGUAUCUUGGAAGAUUGUAUGGAAAGAAUUUCCAAGCUCUGAUUUUAUUAAUUUUUUCAUUUUUUAUUCAUUGACUCAGUAGUAAUUUACUUUCCAGUCUCAAAGUUUAACAUCAAGAACCAUUUUUAGAAAGCAUGAGGUUGGUUAAAGUCUUAAAAAUCAAAUUUUCUCAAAUUCAUCACUCAAGGCAGAAAAUCAUUAAGAAUUUUUUCCUCCCAAAAAAAUAAAAUGCGGCUAUUGUAAGAUUCAGAAAUUGCCUAACAAAUAGACGUUUCUUCAGUAUAUUCCAGCGAGAAAUGUGUUUUUGAGCUUUUAAAGUCUGAAAUCUGCUGUUUGACUGAAAAUAAAAAAAAGGCUAAAAAUAAAAGGCUUAAAGAUAAUGUUAUGAAAAGAAUGUUUCUCAUUAGCCUGAAGCUUAUGAUAUCAUAUUAGGGGAUGUUUCAUGGUUGCAACCAACUUGGAUCCAAUGAAACAUGCCUGCGGCAUUAUUCAAAUAACUUACCAACGAUUUCAUCGGG